AUCAGUGUGAGUGGAGGCAGCUGUGGGCAUGCCUGAUUGGUGACACCUGUUUCUGAAGCAGUGCCAAAGACCGUCUCCAGUGUAGUUUAUUAGGCUCACUUUGUUUGGCGGAAUGUACUGUGUGAAAAUACAGAAAUAUUGAAUUUUCUCAUUGGAGGGCAUCUGCCUCUGAGAGUUCUGCUAUUGAGAGCUGCAGAAGCUGAUGUUUAAUUGUACACAUACUCGAGGUUAUAACUCCAAAUAUGACAGCUGUGGUCCAUUUGACAAGAUUUUUGCUGGGCUAUUUGAUAUCUGAGAUUACCUCUGCUGCAGCUCUUCCAACAGGCCAUGGUAAAACUCCAGAGUUAUGGCCGCCCCUGCAUUGGGGGCCUCAACCGCCUACACAGAGUUGGGGGCAACCAGUGGUGCCUACCUGGCAACCUCCUGGCGUGUGGAAUGUUCCCAACCGAAAGCCUUUGUUGCUCCAGAACCCAACUGCUGUCAGAAACACUGAAGGACAUGUCCCCCCUGAGACACCUCAGAAACGCAUCCCUGUGGCCACACCAAGGACAUUUCAGAUCAAAUUUCAAGCUCCUGAAGACGGGAGAAUGGGACAAAACUAUUUUCAAUCAAAAGACUCCCAAGGUUCUUCUGAACCUGGUUUUCAGUUUAGUUUGUCUGUCCCUAUACCUACAACUACUGUAGCUCCUAAAGCUCAGAAACCAUUGGAGAACAAGGUCGUAUCCUUUUUUUCUGGGCUUCUAGCCAAGGGACAAAGCAACCAAAAUGACAAAACUAGUACUCAAACGCAACAAAACCAAGUGUUUUUCAAGCCAGAUGCACACCAGCACCCUACAAACUAUUGGAUGGGUAAAAUGCACUCACAUUCAACUGAUUCAGGAAGUGGUGCCCAGAAUCCUGUCCACCAAACUGUCCAAAAUGUGCACUACUCUCCCCAGUGGUUCCCAUUAACCAGUUCUGACAAUGCAGAUGUUAGGAACAGUAUUUUACAGUCCGCUAAAUAUGUUAAUGGUCAACUCAUGAUUCCUUUAGAGAAGUGCCCCGGGUUUGAAAAAUUUGCUGCUCUUUUACACCAUCAUGGCCACCACCACCAUGGCCAUCACCACCAUCAUGGCCAUCACCGUCAUCAUGGCCAUGACCAGCACCAUCAUGGCCAUCACCACCAUCAUGGCCAUGGCCAGCACCACCAACAUCAUGGCCAUCACCAUCACCAUGGCCAGCACCACCAACACCAUGGCCAUCACCAUCACCAUGGCCAGCACCACCAUCACCAUGGCCAGCACCACCAACCACAUCAUACAAAGUUUUUUCUAAAUAUGGAAGGCUCUGCACCAAAUCCCAAAGAAGUGUCGCAGGGAAAAGAUGUGCUGCAGUCAGAAACAGAAAACCCUUUCAGACGGUGGCACUCGGACAAAACCAGUGGCCAGUUUUUCAAUCCUAUGACUUACAGCUCCUAUGUGCCCGAUUCACAGCAGUCUAUAGUGAAGCCUGGGCAAACAAAUUAUAUGGUACAACUUGGGGGAAAUGUUGAAUAUGAGAAACAACCAGAUGCGCAAAGUCACAACCACUUCCACCAUGUACAACAAAGAAACCCCUACUGAUGUAACAAAUGCUGCACGAGAAGCUCAACAUGCUAUUCCAGACAAAGGUUCACGAGUUAUUUUUCCAAUCAAUAAAGUGAACAAAUUUGUAAUUCUGUCUCCUCAUCUCUCAGUAGAGCCUAACCAGUUAACCUAAUAUUCUGUACAAAAUAUCAAUAUUGUUCCACAUCCAGCAUUGGUAUCUGAGAUGUGAAACCUAAUGAUUUUUACUUUUGUAUUACUUGUAUGAAAAUGUCCAUCUUUUUAAUAACUACUCAGGCAUGAACCCUAAAAUGUAAUGUAUUCUUGCACUAUUUCAGGACCAUGACAAAAUGCAUCACAAUCUUAAUGUAUCUUUUAAUAAUAUGGCUUACUUCAAUAAUGUGUUUUAAUAAAGAUGACCUUGGCAUCUAUGUAGUCAUGGGAAUUUGUAACUGACUGCAGUUACACAUUACAGUAAAUUGCUUCAUUAAGUGUUUUCCAUUAGUAAUUUGCAUAAGUAAUGGUUUGCUUUACUCAGUAUUUGAAUGGAAGGAAGACUGGUGACGUCACUGUGCUGUUUCCUGACCAAAAGGCCAUAAGUGAAUAAAGAAAUGACACACUCCAAGAAUAAAUGAGAUGAAAACCCCCAGUCU